AUGGCGCUCAACCAACUCCUCCAUAGAAAGAGCCGCCUCACGCGCCGGCGCGCCUCGAGCAUCCGGACCAUGCGCAACGUCGAGGUGCCCCGCUACGAAGUGCUUCGGUCGUCGAAAACAACCGUCUACAUCACGACGGUCGACAACGGCACCGACUACUGGGAACUCCCGAUCCGGUACUCCAAGUACCACGACUUCUUUACGACGCUCUGCAAGACGGACAAGAAGUGGGUUGCGAAGCUCCCGUUUCCCGAAAAGUCGUUUGGCUUUGGGAAGGACUCGCCCGACUUUCGCCGGCGCCAGCUCGACCUCUUCAUGCGCCAGCUCAACGCACUCUUCACGUCUCUCUCGGCCGAGGGCCAGGACGUCGUCAUGGACUUUCUCGAAGCCAAGCACCACGUCUACCACUACGAGCGCGAAGCGUCCAUCUACGACCACUACGACGACGAGAAGGCGUCGCGCCGCGGCUACAAGUCGUCGGUCGCGUCCGACACCGACUGCGAAGACAACUCGAGCGAGCACAACAUUGACGGCCUCUCGUCACCGUCCAUCGCCGCGCUGCUAUGCGCGCUCCUCAAGCCGCGACAGUACGCGACCACCGAGACCGACGUCGCGUACGAUGGCCACAAUGCGUCAGUGGUCGCACCCAUGUCGCUCGACGGCUGCACGAGCCUCUGCACCCGCCUCGGUUCGACGUGCCAGGUAUACGUAUGGCACAACCUCUCCAGCAACGCCACGUGCAUCAUCAAGGACUCGGUUGGCGUCCGCCGUGCCGUCCCCGGCGCCGUCACGACGCGGCGCUACCCGUUGUCGCUGCGGCGAUCCUCGCGCGCCAUCAUUCGCUUCGGAAGCUCCGAGGGCCCGCAUCCGCUGCCAACGGUCGCCUACAGCUAUGUCCACGGCGCGCUUUGGCUCGACGAGGCGAAGGCGGCCACCGUCGGUUGGCCACAGCACACGUUCACCUACGUCGAGUCCAUCGGUGAGUGCGCGCAGCUGGCCACGACGGUGAGCCAGCCACUCUUCUCGUACUCGACCACGUCGCGCGUCUGCUCUGUCGUUGAGUAUGACGCUGCCAAUCAACCGACGCGUCCUAGCUACAUGCGCAUGCAGGACGGUCGCGAUGUGCUCUUUGAGAACAUUCCAGCGGCCUUCCUUGUCGCCACGGCCGCCACGUCAUUGGCAUCGCUCGCCGAGUGCGCUGCGGCGUGCGCGGGCAACCAAUUUGGGUGCGUCGGGUACCAUCUCGAGCGGGAUGGUCGCUGUCACCUCGUGGCACCGACGAUGCAGCCGCUGAGAAGCAGCAUGGCAGGCUGGGUGCCCGCCCCGAUGCGACACCACUUGACGGUCGACGGCCGUCGCUACGUGACGAUGCGCGGGUACCGGUUCAGUGAGUCGACGCAUUCCGUCGUGCCAGCAGCAUCUCUCGAGGACUGUGCAAUGGCAACUGCGCGCGGGAAUCGCAGCGUCUUCGCCUACACGGCGUCGUCGGGCUCGUGUGCGGUCGUGCCAUUGCAGCAACGCUCGGCGAUCCUCGCUUUGCGCGACUACCCUAAAGUCCCUGCGCAGUUUCUUCAUGCAGGACUGCCGCUGGACACGAUCACAUCUAUGUCUGUCGACUCGGCGGCGACGUGCGCAAUCCAUUCGCUAUGCUCUAUCUCGCGCAACGAGUGCGUCGCCACGAGUUUUGAGCCUUCGACGGGCCAUUGCACACUGCUCAAAGCGACCCGCAGCCUCGACCCGGUCGUCACGCUUGGGUGGCUACCGCCCACGACGCUGCCAACGACGAUGACGGCCAUGACGAAAGCUGCCUUCUUCGUCACCGCCCACCAAGACGACCACGAGCUCUUCAUGAGCGGCCCGUUUCUAUCCAGCCUUGGCGAGCGGGGUACCAAGACGAUUUCCGUCUACUUGACCGCGGGCGAUCUCUACACGAUGCUUGCGUGGCCGGCGCGCGAACGUGCGACGUUGAUGGGGACGCAAGCAGCCGUCGAGUAUCACGGACUCUACCACCCGGUACCCGUGACGACCAACGUGACGAUCGGAACGCAUGUCGUGACCAAGGUCACGAUCGGCAACGGCGUGCACUACUUUCUGCGCUUGCCCGAGAGCGGGGCCCACCACUUUCUGAACGCGUCGCUUGCCAAUCGUACGAGCCGAGAGUGGCUGUCGCCGGUCGACAAGCCGGACGAGUUCUACAGCUCGUACGACGAAGUGCGGGCUGUCGUGCAAGGUCUCAUGGAGCGGGAGGCGGCCGGCAUGGCCGAGCUGGCCUUCCAUACAUCCGAGCCGAUCCCGUCACACGUCGUGCAAGACCACACGCUGCAUCGCCUCUCGGGCGAGCUCACAGCGUCGAUCGUGUCGAGCCAUAGAACGUGGUCGGCGUGUGCCCAUGUGCAGUUCUACUACGGGUACCAAAAGUGGGAGGCAGCGGCCGACUUGGACCCAUCGACGGCGGCCUUUCAGCGCCACGUGUGGAUGCGCGAGUUUGCAGGCGUCAUGAACCUCAAGAACACGACUACUGGCUGGGACUUUCACGCCAAGCAGCUCGGCCGCAUGGACAUCUCGCGCGCAAUCCUGCCAACCAUCGCCUCGUGCACAUAG